UUUUGUGUAGAAAUGAAUCAUGUAAUAUAAUGUCUAACAAUGCAAUAAUUGAAAAUAAUGAACUUGCGCAGGAUGAUGCACAUGUAAACUCUAUAGCUAAAGAUGAGAAUAAAGAAUCUCAAUCAUCGGUAAGAAAAACAUACAUUAACGAUGCAGUGCAGAAACUGCCUAGUCCAGUUAAAAAUCGCAUAAAAGCAUUAAAAGUAAUACAGCAAUCAUGCACCUUUCUUGAAACACAAUUUUAUAAAGAAGUUCAUGAGUUGGAAAAUAAAUAUCAUGAAUUAUAUAAACCUCAUUUUGAAAAGCGAUGCAUGAUUAUAGAAGGCACAUAUACACCUACAGAAGACGAAUGUGCUUGGGAUUUGGACAAAUCGUUGGAAGUGACUGAUGCAGAUAUAAAGAAGGAGGCAGGAGAAAUGCCUCCAGAAGCAUACAGUGCUUACCUCGGUGUUCCUGACUUCUGGUUAACUAUAUUCCAAAAUGUUUCUCUCCUAUCUGAUUAUCUUCAAGAAUAUGAUGAGCCAAUUUUGAAAUUUUUGCAGGAUAUUAAAUUGAGUCAUGAUAUUGAACCAAUGGGUUUCACAUUAUUCUUUCAUUUUGCACCAAAUCCUUAUUUUACUAAUAACAUUUUGACAAAGAGGUAUUACUUAAAAUGUGAACUAGAUGAAGAAGAUCCAUUUAAAUUUGAAGGUCCUGAAAUUUUUAAAUGUGAAGGCUGUAAAAUUGAUUGGAAUCAAGAAAAAAAUGUAACCGUGAAGCUAGUGAAGAAAAAACAGCGGCAUAAAUCAAAGGGAUUGAUCAGAACAGUUAUGAGGGAAGUUCCAAAUGAUUCAUUUUUCAAUUUUUUUAGUCCACCAAACAUUCCAGAUACUUUAGAUGAGAUUGAUGAAGAAACACGUACUGCUUUAUCAAGCGAUUUUGAAAUUGGCCACUAUCUACGAGAACGUAUUAUUCCAAGAGCAGUACUAUAUUAUACAGGUGAAUUAUUACAAGAUGAAGAUGAUGAAGAGUAUGAUGAAGACGAUGAAAAUAGUGCUGAGGAUGAUAUUGAAGAUGAAGAAGAUAAGACAGAGGAAAUAGAAUACCAGAAAAUGAAUUGCAAAGAUUAA